GUGGUGACUCUUUCUCUCUCAUUUCAUCAACAGGAUUUCCUAGAGAGAGAAAAAAAGGAGGGUUUGAGUAAGUUAAUGGUGGUGAAGAAAUAAGAAGAAGAAGACAGCUCAAUUCCCCUUAUAAUUCCAACUAUAUACUUUUUCUCUUCUCCUCUGUAUUCUUCUUCUUCUCCCUUCUCCAAAGAAACAAACUUCUGAUUCUCUUCCUCCUCUUUCUCUCUCUAAAUCAAAGAGAGAGACAUGAUCAUUAGAUUUAGUCUCUCAUAUUUCAACCCUAAAUUCCGCCAUUUUAUCCUUCCCUUCCUGUAAUUUAUCCCCUUCUUUUUCUCCUCAUUCUCUCCCUCUAAUUCCUCCUAUAUUGAAUUUUCCGAUAUUCAUAAAUUUUGAUCCGUUGAAACCCUUCAUUUAUUUCAUCUUUAUUGCCUCAAAAGGUUUCAUCCUUUUAAGAAUUAUUACAGAUAUUUUGUUCUUCAGAAUUUGUAGGAGAAAAAUCAAGGGUUUUGGGUGUUUGAAAGGAGAAAGAUGAUAUCUGGAGCUCAAAUUGAGUCUCAGAUUUCUGAUCCUUCUCCUUUAGUUGUUGAUUUUCAAGGUCCUGAACAACAAGCUCGUGCUGAUUCUAGAUUCUCUGAUCUUAGAGGUGUUCAAUGGCGUGUCAAUUUAGGGGUGUUGCCUUCUUCUACUUCUAUUGAUGUUCUUCGUCGUGUUACUGCCGAUUGCCGUAGAAGAUAUGCUGGCUUGAGAAGACGCCUUUUGGUUGAUCCACUUCCCAAAGAGGCUAGUAGCUCUCCCAACCUUGUUAUGGACAACCCGUUAUCGCAAAACCCAGAUAGUAUGUGGGGUCGCUUUUUCCGGAAUGCAGAGCUAGAGAAAAUGGUCGACCAGGAUUUAUCACGUUUAUAUCCGGAAAAUGGAAGUUACUUCCAAACUCCAUCAUGUCAAGGCAUGCUGAGAAGGAUUCUACUAUUAUGGUGCAUCAGACAUCCAGAGUAUGGAUAUGGACAAGGUAUGCAUGAGCUUUUGGCUCCUUUGUUAUACGUUCUUCAUAUUGAUGUCGAACGUCUAUACUCCAUAAGAAAGCUCCACGAAGAUCAUUUUACCGACAAGUUUGAUGAUUUGUCCUUUCCUGCCAGCGAUUUAGUUGGCAACUACAAAUCCUUAAAUUGGUCAACGGGGUUUGAUGACGAGAGCAGCUUCCAAGGAAGUGAAGCCAAAGUUUCCAGCCUUGAUGAACUUGAUCCCGAGUUACAAACCAUUGUGUUGCUAAGCGAUGCUUAUGGGGCUGAAGGAGAGCUGGGUAUUCUCCUGUCUGAGAGAUUCAUGGAACACGAUGCAUAUUGCAUGUUUGAAGCCUUAAUGGGUAGGACACAUGGUGCGGUUGCCAUGGCAGAUUAUUUUUGUCCCACCCCUGCAGUCGGGUCCCACACAGGUUUACCUCCUGUGAUCGAGGCAUCUUCAGCAUUAUACCAUCUGCUUUCGCUUGUUGAUUCCUCUCUCCACAGUCACCUAGUGGAGCUUGGUGUUGAACCCCAGUAUUUUGCUCUCCGUUGGUUGCGUGUGUUAUUUGGUCGGGAAUUUAUGCUUGAAGACCUUUUAGUCGUUUGGGAUGAGAUAUUUGCAGCCCUAAAUGAUAAAUCGGUCUGCAUUACAGAAAGUGAUUUCGUGUACAACUUUGCUGUCCUCUGUUCUCCCCGUGGGGCCUUCAUAUCUGCUAUGGCUGUCUCAAUGCUGUUGCACCUGAGAUCAUCUUUGCUUGCAACCGAGAACGCAACUUCAUGUCUUCAGAGAUUAUUGAAUUUUCCUGAAAACAUAAAUGUGAAGAAGAUGAUAGCAAAGGCCAAGUCUUUGCAAGCUCUAGCUCUUGAUAAAAAUAUUCAUUCCCAAGCUCCUGCUAUGAGUAGGGUUUUGGACAGGAGCAAAUCCCCAGCUGCCAGGGUUCAUCUUCUUCCUUCUGGGUCAGAAUCUCCAAGAACUCCAUUGAGUUUGGUACCUGAUAGUUACUGGGAGGAGAAGUGGAGAGUACUGCACAAGGAUGAAGAGGCCAAGCAAGGAAGUUCAGGUAAAAAGGUUUCAACGGGAAAAAAAGGUUUAUCAGAAAGAAUAAAAUCAACCCUAACCAGGACGGAAUCUGAGCCGGUUCCCCACAAGAUCGACAUCGGGAAAAAAGACUCUAGAUCAGCCGUUAGGCGAAGGUUGUUGGAAGAUUUGACUCAAGAAGACGGGUCAAAGGAAGAUCUGGAUAAGGUAGGAGGUGGUUUCCUAGAUCGAAAGGAUCCCUUUGCAGACCAAAAUGAAGAAAAUGGCCAUGAGAAAAAUUUCAGCUGCGACGCAACGGAGACGUGUUUGAGUGGACAUACUGGCAGCGAAGAGAGCUCCUUUAUUUAUUCUGCUCAUUCAAGUCCUUUCAUUGAUCGUGAGCACGAAUCAGAGAAAAGCAGUGUUGCUUCAAAUUCAGCAAAUGAUCAAGAUAACGAUUCAGAAAAGAUCAGUGUUUGCUCCAGAUUAUCUGUUGAUGAAAAUGACAACGAAUCCAAGAACGCAGAGUCGUGUACAUCCAUCCCUGAUGGACAACCUCUUCCGGGUUCUGUUCCCAGUGGUGAUGCUUUGGAGAGAUCUGGCCCGAUCUCUAAUGGUUUAGGGAAACAGGAUGACGGGUUGAAGGAUCGGAAAAUACUAUCUGGCAAAUUUCAGUGGCUUUGGAAGUUUGGUCGGAAUAGCAACGAACAGACCUCCGAGAAGGUGGGAGAUAGCGGGCCAUUAAAAUCCUUACCUGUGGUAAAUAAGCAACAGGACGUCUCAGUCUCAUCAACAGCUGGUGGAUCUGGUACAUUACCAGCGGAUGCAGCAGACAAGAAUAGGAUGGGUAGUUUGAGGAACCUCGGGCAAUGUAUGCUCGAAAAUAUUCAGGUGAUUGAAUCAGUGUUUGAGCAAGAUCGGGGUCAGGUAGGAUCAUUGGAGAAUUUGUCCAAAAACGUUCUGUUGGGAAAAGGGCAAGUUACAGCAGUGACAGCCUUGAAGGAGCUUAGGAAAAUUAGCAACCUUUUGUCUGAAAUGUGAGGGGAGUCUUUUUGCAACAUUUUUGUAUGUAUAUUUUUGUAAUUACUAUUCUUGAAGGCCACAAAUAAAAGUGAGCUAUUGAGCUUUCUUUGUGUCUUCCAUUGCUUUUCAAGUUACGAAAUUUAGUUUUGAGAGAGCUUUGUCAGACUUGUAUAUAUGGAUGUGAUGAUGAUGAUUCAAUAAAUUGGUAUUUAUCUUUUUCCGCAGA